AUGGAUCUUUUAAGAAGGCACCACGAUUCCUCCCAUACAUCUGUCGUCGUCGAUAUGGCCAUGGCUUCAGCAACUGCCUCCAUGUCAAUGGAUAUGAGUUCUGAAACCUCAAGUACAAUGGAUUCGAGCUCAAUGCACAUGAAAUCAACGAACAUGUACCUCACAAAAGCAUAUGCCGAUUAUCCAGUUCUUUUCAGCGGGUUGAAGGCCUCGAAUGGUGGACAGGCUUUUGGAAUUUUCGUUCUUAUCUUCGCAGUUUCGUUCUUGAGCAAAGGUCUUGAAUUCUUCAAGAACUACUUAGAACAGAAGGUUUGGAACAACCCAAAUUAUCUCAUUCCACAACAAACCACCAUCAUUGAGAAUUGCGAAUGUGACGAUUACGAUAAGUCUGACGCGGAAAAGGUGAUUGAGAGUCAGACAUCCACAGGUAGUCAUACUAGACUUUCACUUGCAAACACUUUGGUGAGAGAUGUGGUGAGAUUUGCGUUGAUUUUCAUCUCUGAGCUUCUCGGUUACGCUAUGAUGUUGGUAGCCAUGACAUUCUCUUUGGUUUACUUCUUUGCCGUGGUUGCGGGUAUGACUUUCGGCAGAUUCUUCUUUGAGAGAUUGAGUGAUACAAUGAGUGUCCGGCCCGGAGCCAACAACUUCCAGGGACACCACUAA